AGCUGUCUCCGCAAUACCAAAAUUACGCGUAAAGUAAACCACCGGCUGCUGCUUCCUCGUCGCUCACCUCUCGUUCAACCUCUCUUCUUUCCUUUCUACCACACCCACCUGGAGAGAGAAGAAAAAAACCCCUUCAACAUCCUCUUUUUUCUCUUCUCCUCCUUCUCCUCUAUAUCCGACUCUUCCUUUUUUCUUCUUCGUUUCCGCUUUUAGUUUUUUUUCCUUUUCUCUUUCUGCUUCCUCCCUUACUCUGCUCGGAGAGUCUGGGAUCGAUCACCUUGUUCGUGGUCUUCGAGAUUUGGCUUUGGGAUUUGACUAGAGAGAAAGGAUCUUGCAAGAGAUACUUAAUCAACAGUCAGCAGACAAAGAUCAAUUCUUGAUCCUCCUUUAGACUCGGUUCAGCGAUUAAUCCUCCUGGUUAAGCUGUACCCAUUGCAGCUCAACCGUCUCGACGUUGUUCUGUCCUUUGUACAGAGCCGCUCCUCCAACAACCUCUCCCCUCCUCUAACCGACGAAAUUGGUUGUCAUUCUGUCAUCGUGUUCUCACGAGACCGAAUUUUCAACCCUUAUUCAAGGUUACUGGUCACCCGUUAAUCAUUCUUCAGAACGACACGGGCCUACAAUACCUCCUAAAUAAUCCUGGUUUCGUGCCGCCUUGAUCGCUCCACAUUCCGGAACACGAGGAACACUUACUAGCAACCUCUCAAAUUGUUCGUUGACAAGGGUGGAGACGUUGACUCGUACUUCACCUCUUUGCCCAACAGCUUCCGCCAGAUAGGACUUCAUUCCUACCACUUUGGUCAGCCUAGAUGCCAGCGCUGCUUAUCCAAUAAGGGCAGUCCUCAUCCUGGCUACGCCGGAAAAGUCCUUUCUAAUCCAUACUUUGUUCUUGCUUGUUCGCUCUGCUUAGAUUAUUAUCUAGGCCACCACACUCUUUUAAUUGGCUUUCCAACUGUCUACAAUCAUUAAUUGUUAAUCCUACGACUGUCACUCUCUCCUUCCUUCGUCGCCUACAGUGAUACACCGGUCUGUUAUCAUCAGGAUACAUUUGCUUCCUUACCAUUCCCUCAUCGAAAGAAAAUCCUCUCCCUGCCGGUCAGCAACCAACUUUACUCUUCAAUAACAAUCCGUAAUCAUGGCUUCUAUCCAACAACAUCAAGUGUGUGACUCCUUUUUCGUCGAGACCGAUGAGGUCCGUCCUCGCCUCGACCCUCGAGAACAGGCAAAGAUUAUUGCUCGAGAAAGACAAUACGCAAUGGCGGAUCAGUUAUCUGCUCUGGCAAGAGAGGAGUAUCUGGAGGACAGCCUGUCACACAUGCUCGAUAUGGAUACCGCAACACUUCCCGACGUCGAGUCCAUUGACAUUCAGACAGAAAUCCAAUGGUUCAUGCGGCCUUACCUGCUUGACUUUCUCAUCGAAGCUCAUGCAGCGUUCCAGUUGCAACCGUCCACACUAUUUCUGGCUAUCAACCUUCUUGAUCGUUACUGCUCUAAGCGUGUUGUCUACAAACGUCAUUAUCAACUUGUCGGCUGUUCCGCCCUUUUGAUUGCCGCCAAGUACGGUGAUAAGAAGGAACACGUCCCAACGAUCAGAGAAUUGAAGUCAAUGUGUUGCUCGCUCUACGAUGACGACAUGUUUCUUCAAAUGGAGUGGCACGUUCUACAAACUCUCGGCUGGACCAUUGGUCACCCAACCGUGGACAGUUUCUUAAACAUCGCACUGGUUGACAGACAAUACGACCCAGAACUCGAGCAUCUUGCCCUCUACAUCCUUGAAAUUGCACUCUUUCAUCGAGAAUUCGUCUCAAAGCCGUCGGCUGAUCUUGCCAAGGCUGCUCUCGCUCUAUCGAGGUGUAUCUUGAACCGCCCUCAACCUAGUACCUCGGAAUGGGCUGCCAGUUACGACGGUAACACCUUGGUCGGUCUAUCUAACCAAUUGCAUUCGCCCUCUCAGGUGUUGUACCGCAAGUAUUCCUCUGCUCAUUACUCAAGGAUCUCGAAGCUUCUGGACAACUUUCUCGCUCACCAGGCUGCUAUUGCAAGCGGUGCUUAUGCUCCUCCCUCUCCACCGGAGGAGGCUGCAGGCGAGCCAAAAUCUCAAUACAACGGUCAAAUUGGUCUUGCUACCCCGCAGAAACCUGGUAUGCAACCUCACGGUUAUCUGACUCCUCCCAUCACCCCUGAGAACGAAGGUUUCCUCAAUCCCCAUUCUGCUGCCAACGCAAACAAGCAAGCGUCGAUUACUGUCUGUCCAUCUUCACCCACUCCACCUCCAAAUGUCUCGUUCAACGACACUCAGAUGUACGACGCUGAACCGGUGUACGCUCAGUCUGCACAAUAUCCUGUGGCUCACGUGGGAUAUUCUACUGCUUUCUAAGGGCGCUGCUCGAGGAAUGUCUAUCAUUAAUGGGCAUCAAUAACUCUAAUACCGGCCGGCCAUCAUCAGUGACUGGAACCUUCCCAACUCCUAAUAUUCGGACGUGCAUAUUCGCCACGAUCCCUGUGCCAUACUUUAUUCAAACCGUGACAUAAGUAUCUUCUGCACGAGAGCGAGCCAUUUGUCUUUUUUCCUUUUCUUUCAUCAUCAUACGAGGGCCGGAAUGGGUUGCAUUUUUUCAUUUUAUCCUAGAUUAUCAACAUACCCCUUUCACUAUCAAUCAUCAUCAUCAUCCAUUUCAUCAUCUGCUGUGUGUGUUUUUAGAUCUGGCAUUGCGAGCGCGAGUCGUUUGAUACAAAAAAAAUUCAUUUCUCUUAUCAUACUUUCCUUUACUUCUUGACAAUUCUUCAUAUUAUCUUGCUAGCGUUCCGCGUUGAGUCAUUCUCACCAAUUCAGACCUUCCCUAUUCUACAAUAAUAUAGGAAGUUGUCUACACUGUCAUCAAUAUCGAGCAUUACCAAAAUUGAAAAAUCAACGGAGUUCAAGGAACCCUUCCAAUUGAUUUUAUCAUUCACCUUCACUUUUUUGAGUUUUGUUUUUUCUCUUGCUACCUAAAAAGACUUCUCCUUCUCAUUAUUUUUUCAACUGGCUAGGUAUUCUUGUCUCUGGCGAGGGAUGGAUGGGUGCCCCCUUGCUGAACACGGAGAGAAAGAUGGGAAGACGUAUGAGAGUGAGGAGAAUAGUGAAUCACAUUCCUUCCCCUUUUCGGGCGUAUAGUACAGUUGUAGGAUUGGUCUUGACUUCUUUAACUCCUUUGUAUGUUAGUUGUGUAUGCCGGUGUCGGUGUCGGUAUUGGUGCAUUCGUCUUCGUCCUUAUAGGCUUUAUUGCAACGGGGAUUACCUCCUAGGGGGCUGGGAGUGCCUAGUAUUUAGCCUGUCCGACUUCGAUUUGGGCACUGGUGCCAAUUGGCUGUUACUCGGCGCAUUUCUGGGCAGUUGAACAAUGAAAAAGCCCCUAAGAAUUGAAGUCUUUUAGGGUGCUGGCCUCCUCGUUUAGCCUUAAGGAGCUUGACGGAGACUCCCUUUUAUCAUUACAUAGUUACUAAGAUAAGUGCAGACUUAUUUAGCACCUUUAACGUUUCA